GUCGGGACCUGCAGACCGGAUUUCACUGCGCGUGUGUUGUAUCCGACAUGACAUGAACACGCCGUUAUUUUUCGUCUUUCGUCUUUUUCACCGCCUUGACAGACAGGAGGAAAUAUUGGCCGACGCUCCUGGCUGUGUGCCAUCUUUUACUUCACUUACAGAAAAAUGGCUUCCCAACCAGAGGAGGAUCUCUCCUGUCCUGUCUGCCAUGAAAUCUUUAAAGAUCCUGUUGUUCUGUCAUGUAGCCACAGCUUCUGUAAAGACUGUGUGCAGAGCUGGUGGAGAGGGAAACCAACACGUGAGUGUCCGGUUUGUAAGAGAAGGUCAUCGAAGGAAGAACCACCCAUUAGUUUGGCGUUAAAGAACCUGUGUGAGGCAUUUUUACUGGAGAGAGAUCAGAGAGGUUCAGAGACUGUCUGCAGUCUGCACUCAGAGAAACUCAAACUCUUCUGUCUGGACCAUCAGCAGCCAGUGUGUCUCGUCUGCAGAGAUUCUAAGAGACACAACAACCACAGAUUCAGACCCAUUGAUGAAGCUGCACAGGAGCACAAAGAGGAGCUGCAGAAAUCCCUGAAGCCCUUACAGGAGAAACUGAAGCUGUUUGAACAAGUUAAAGGAAACUGUGAUCAAACAGCAGAGCACAUUAAGGUCCAGGCCCGACACAUAGUGAGGCUGAUUAAGGAGCAGUUUAAGAAGCUUCACCAGUUUCUACAAGAGGAAGAGGAGGCCAGGAUCUCUGCUCUGAGGGAUGAAGAGGGGCAGAAGAGUCAGAUGAUGAAGGAGAAGACUGAGGCUCUGAGCAGAGAGAUAGCCACUCUUUCAGACACAAUCAGAGCCACAGAGGAGGAGCUGAGAGCUGAAGACGUCUCAUUCCUGCAGAACUACAAGGCUGCAGUGGAAAGAGUCCAGCAGCGCCCCCUGCUGGAUGAUCCACAGCUGGUCUCAGGAGCUCUGAUAGAUGAGGCCAAACAUCUGGGUAACCUGACCUUCAACAUCUGGAACAAGAUGAAGAAGAUGGUCUCCUACACUCCUGUGAUUCUGGAUCCAAACACUGCUCAUCCAGAACUCAUCCUGUCUGAAGAUCUGACCAGUGUGAGAUGUGGAGAGAAACAGAAGCUUCCUGACAAUCCAGAGAGGAUUGAUCAUUAUCGUGUUCUCCUGGGCUUAGAGGGCUUUAACUCUGGCAUUCACAGCUGGGAUGUUGAGGCUAUAAAUGACAAAUUCUGGGGCCUAGGUGUGACAAAGGAGUCUGCUCGAAAGAAGAGAGAAAUGGUGAGUGGAUACUGGGAAAUUUAUUUCUCUGGUGGAAAAUGCAAAGCAGCCUCUCCAACGCUGCUUACUGAAGUUUUCUCAGUCAACAAGAAGCUCCAGAGGGUCAGAGUUCAUCUGGACUUUGACAAAGGGAAACUGUCAUUCUAUGAUCUUGAUACUAACGCACACAUACACACCUUCAAACACACAUUCAAUGAGAGGGUGUUCCCACACUUUGGCACACUGAAUGAAUCCCCACUGAAGAUAUUACCUGUGAAGGUCUGUGUCACACAGCCCAUGGCAUAAUUUUUUUUUAAAUGUAUUCGCUGAGCAUGCUGUACGUGAAUGAACAGAGGGGUGUCAGUGUUUCAGGAACAUAAGAACCAUGUUGUUGGGGCAAUCUGAGCUAGUUAGGAAAUUAUUGAUUAUUGAUUGGUUUAAAUGAAAAAAAGGCUAAUUUUCAUGAAUGUUGUCACUGGAGUUGCUUUUGUUUUUCUGAUUUCCAAGAAGACUGUGAUAAUAAUGUUUGUGGAGGAGACAUAAUGAUUAUGAUGAAGUUCUAUGUUGAUGUUAAGGUUACAAUAGGCAAAAUACUUAAAGUAUGCAUAUCCUAGAGCUCAUUCAAUACGAUAUAUAUAUAUAUAUAUAUAUGUCUUCAAUUUUGGAAGUAAUGAAUUGUGAGCAAUAUAUGGCAAAACACAAGUAAAUUGAAUUGAUCAAGGUGACUCCAAAUACAUCUUGAUUUGAAAAUACUAUUUGAAACAUAGGUAAACCUUUUUAAACCUGUGGUUUCAAUAAUCCCUCUGUCUACCAAAAAGGUCUUUGAAUGCAAUGGGUUCUUAAUAGAACCCUUAGUUUUACAAAUAGCUCUUAAGGCCCUGACACACCCAGCCGACAGUCGGCUAUUGGUCAAUGUUGGGACGUUGCCCCUCAUUGGCUUUUUUAAAAAAUUUUUUAUUUGACCGAUUCAGCAUGUCGAAUCAGUGAUGGAGGAGUGUUGCUGCUAAUUGACCUUUCUCUAAGCCCCGCCCCUUUGUGAUGGUCCAACAAGCUGUCAGAGUAAACAUGGAGCAUGGAGUUAGAAGCUAAAGCUGAACUAUAGGCUACAGAUCACAGUGUAAAAAUGAACCACCACUGCUGAUCGUCACAGAAGACAAUGAAUAUAAAGGGAAACUUUGCUGAUAUUGAACUAGCUGUGUGUCAUCUGCGCACAAUGUGAUGACACGCAGCUGGUUGAAUAUCAGCAAAGUUUCCCUGCUUCCCUUCACUGGUUCCUGUACAGCAGGGUCGGUCUUUGUUUCACUGUUACAAUCAUUAAAAAGCAGAAGCAGCAUGUAUAUAUGUAUGUUUCCCUCUUUGAAUGACGAUUACAGACGACUGCCGUCUGCUGAUGUAGAGUGUUAUUUCCUCUUACGCAGGCGCAGAACAUACAUGCUUGUUGACUGUCAGCUGUAGUCUCUGCAGUGUGUGCAUGCACAACAUUUUGGCCAAGAUACAGGCGACGUGAGGCAAUGCAACAGUCGGCUUCCGUUGCUGCUAGUAUUUUGAAGUCGGUUUGGUGUGCCUGGGCCUUCAAAGAAUCCUUUCUUCUAAAGAGAGUUCUCUAAGGCAAAUGCUUCUGGUUAGAACCUGAGCUCUUCAAGAAGAACCCUUUUUUCUAAGAGUGUAUAAAUUCUGCCGUAAUGGAGACACUGCCUUUGAAUUAUUUUAAUCGUGACUUAAAACACAUAUUAAUACAACUGUGAUUUUUGUCUUACUUCAUUUGUUUUAAUCUUUGAUUUAUCAUUUACUUUAAUUGCCUUUUUUUGGGUGGAGGAAUAUGGAAUCAGAUUAAAAUGUGUCCAGAGAUUUUGAGCAAAAAUUGAAACAUUUUGAGAAUAAAGUCAAGCAAGAAAAAGUCAGAAUGUGUGGACAUUGAAAUCAUUAUAUUUCAAAAAAUAAUUUCAUCAUUUAUUACUUAUUUUAUUAUUAAUAUUUUGAGAAUAAAGUCCCACCAUUAAUAAAAUAAGGUCAUAUUACAAAGAAAAAGCCAUCAUGUUUAGCAAAAAAAAGGUCUCAAAUAUUUCUAAAAUUAAGUUGUAAUAUUACGAUGUGUUGCUUUGGUUGUUGAGAAUACUUUUGUGGCCUGUUACAUUUAGAUCACAUCCUAAAUUAUCUUAAAGUAAAUAUUUGCUCAUGUUUAGUUUUGUGUCAAACAUUGUUUUCUGAUGAUCAGAUUAUUGUCUCAUCUUGAGAUAAUGACUGUCUGCAAUUCAUGAUCUUCAUAAAAAAGGUUUCAUAACUAGUUUUUUUAUCUCAGCUUCGACAGAAUAAAAACAUUACAGAGGAGAUAAGACAAUUGAAAGAGGAUAAAGACUGAGGUACAAGAUGACUUUAUGAGGACCAUUUCCUGUCAAAAAAACCCCCAAAAAACUAACACGACAUAAAAUCAUUUUACUCUUAUAAUUUUAUAAACUGUCGGCUAUUUUUAAAAUAAAACUCACAAAUAACUGCUGUAACCAGAUCAGCAGAUAUCUUAAUAAUAACGCUCUGAAAACACUGGAUCCUACAUUUCUCACAAUGCAACUCUAUAGCAUCUUUAUAAGAAGCUCCCUGCUUGGUAAACUUGAACAACUUUCACACUCCACACCUCCACUUUGUAACUCAGACUUUCUGUUAUAUGUUUGUAGUCUCCAAAUUAAACCUGAGAUUACCCUGAUGACAUCACUACAAUGUCAUCAGGGUUAUUUUCUCCUCCAGAGUCAAGGAUGACAUCAUGCAAUUGUUUUCAGAGUACUACAGUGUAGAGUAAAAAUAUUAGUCGCCUUACAGCAAGGUUUGAACCCAGGGUGGGGGAGCCCUUCUGUAUGGACUUUGCAUUUUCUCCCCACGUCACUCCGACUUCCUCCCACAGUCCAAAGACAUGCAGGUUAAUUGGUGACUCUAAAUUGUCCGUAUGGGCGAAUGUGAGUUGCCUGUCUCUAUGUGUCAGCUGUGUGAUAG